UGUCCUGCUGCUGACUAGUGAGUUUUCCCUCCCGCCUAUAAAAGCGCAGCGCUCUCCCUCCUACUGCAGUCAGUUCUCCUCCGGCUCAGCCAGCAUGAGUUUCACGGUAGAACACCACUUCAUGGGCCCGGGCUCGUACCGCAAGGCUCGGCCCGCCUCUGUGUCCUCAAGCGGAUUUCACUCCCAGCGCCGCCGCAUCACCUACAGCCAGCCGUCCUCCCUGGACAGCAUUGAGACGUUCAAUGGAGACAAGGCGAGGAAGACCGAGAAAGAGAUCCUGCAGGCUCUCAAUGACCGCUUCGCCGGCUACAUCGACAAGGUGCGUAACUUGGAGAUGCACAACCGCAACCUGGAGGCAGAAGCGGCAGCUCUGCGGCAGAGCCAGGCAGGGCGCGCAUCCGUCGGGGAGCACUACGAGCGAGAGCUGGCUGACCUGAGGGGUCUCCUGCAGCAGCUGACCGGAGAGAAGGCCCGCGCCGCUCUAGAGCACGAGCACCUGGAAGACGACAUCCAGCACCUGCGGGUCAGGCUGGAGGAUGAGGCGCGGAACCGGGAAGAGCUGGAGGCUGCCGCCCGCGCCAUGAAGAAGUACGUGGAGGAGUGCCGGCUGACGCGUCUGGAGCUGGACAAGAAGCUCCGCGCCCUGGAAGAGGAGGCCGUUUUCCUGAAGAAGAACCACGAGGAAGAGGUGGCCGAGCUCCUGGCGCAGAUUCAGGGUGCGCAGGUGAGCUUCGACAUGCGGGACACGGUCAAGGCGGACGUCACCAGCGCACUGCGAGAGAUCCGAUCGCAGCUGGAUACUCACGCAUCCAAGAGUUCAACGCACGCGGAGGAAUGGUUCAAAGUGCGUAUGGAGCGCCUGUCCGAGGCUGCGAGGUCUAACCAGGAUGCGAUCCGUGGAAGCCAGGACGAGAUUGCAGAGUACCGUCGCCAGCUCCAGAACCGCACCAUUGAGCUGGAGACUCUCAGAGGAACCAAGGAGUCACUGGAGAGGCAGCGCAUAGAGAGCGAGGAUAGACACCAGGAUGACCUCAGCUCACUACAGGAGACCAUCAAUCAGCUGGACAAUGAGCUGAAAACUACCAAAUGGGAGAUGGCCAGCCAGCUGAAAGACUACCAGGAGCUGCUGAACGUUAAGAUGGCUCUAGAUAUCGAGAUCGCUGCUUACAGGAAGCUACUGGAAGGAGAGGAGAACCGGUUUGCAGGCGGCAGCCCAUACUCCUACCUGGAAAGCAGACUGUCUGCCCCCCUGAAAGUUAAAGGAGAGGAGAUUUCCGAUACAGUCAUUGUGGAGGAGCAGACAGAUGAGACCCAGGUGACCGAGGUGACAGAGGAGGCAGAAGAGGAGGAAGAGGAGGAAGAGAAAGAAGAAGAAGCAGGAGAGGAAGAAGAGGAGGACGAAGAGGCCAAAGAGGAGGAGGGAGAAGGUGAGGACGGCGAGGAAAAGGAGGAAGAAGGAGAGGGAGAGGAGGAGAAGGAAGAAGAAAAGGGAGAGGAGGAAAAAGAGGAAGAGGGAGAGGAGAAAGAGGGCGGAGAGGACGCAGGGGAGGAGGAAGAGAAGUCCAAAUCUCCGGAAAAGGCUGCAACCCCUCCUUCAAAAUCCCCUCAGCCUAAAUCUCCCGUGGCCAAAUCACCAGAAUCCAAAUCACCAGAAUCUAAAUCACCAGCAUCCAAAUCCCCCAUGCCCAAAUCACCUGCUAAGUCUCCUGUGGUCAAAUCCCCCGCAGGAGAUGAGUCCAAGUCCCCAGUGUCAAAAUCCCCCGAACCAAAAUCACCGCCUCCCAAAAGCCCCGAACCAAAGUCUCCAGAGAAAGAGGAGGCCAAGCCUGCUGCUGCCAAAGACACCCCUAAAGAGGAGAAGAAAGAGGAGAAGCCAGAGCCCGUCAAGGAGGAAAAGAAGGAGAAAGAGCAGCCCGUGAAGGAGGAGAAGAAGCAGGAGCCCAAGGAGAAAGAGCCAGAGAAGGAAGAGAAGCCCGAUACAAAGAAAGAGAGCAAAGCCGAUGAAGCACCCAAAAAGGACGAAGCUUCAAAACCGGCAGCUCCCAGCAAGGAGGAGAAACCUGCCCCCAAGCCUGAGCCUAAAGAGAGCGCUCCACCCGCUAAGGAGGAGAAGCCCUCCGCUCCAAAAUCAGAAAAGGCAGAGCCCGAGGCGAAGCCAGCUCCCAAGGCAGAGCCUGAGAAAGCAGAGAGCAAGAAGGAGGAGAAGAAGCCAGAGGAGAAGCCUGCUCCCAAGGCAGAGCCCGAGAAAGUAGAAAGCAAGAAGGAGGAGAAGAAGCCUGAGGAGAAGCCUGCUCCUAAGGCAGAGCCAGAGAAAGUAGAAAGCAAGAAGGAGGAGAAGAAGCCCGAGGAGAAGCCUGCUCCCAAGGCAGAGCCCGAGAAAACAGAGAGCAAGAAGGAGGAGAAGAAGCCAGAGGACAAAAAGGAGACCAGUAAAGAAGAGAGUAAGGAGGUGAAGGAGGAGGCAAAGACGGAGAAGGCUGAGAAAUCUUCCGGCACCGAGACAAAGGAGAGCAAGGAGACGAAGAAGUAAGCUUGAAAUUCUGCAUUUCAAGUCUAGAGGAGAGGAGUAGGUGGAGAUGCCAAAGAACUCUGUGAGAGGGAAGUAGUGGGAAAGCAAACAGAGGGUUAAGAGCAGGAGAAAGUACAGAUGUCCGCAGCUAAGCAGGCAACAGUAUGUAAGCAAUAGUGUUUUCUGUAGCAAAUAACCCCCCCUGCUCCCUAAGUAUGGCCAUUACACCCCCAUGAUGCUUCUGAUGUAUGACUGUAGUGAAUGCAGAAUGCUCUAAACUCUUUAUCUGAAUGUGACAACUGCCCUCAAUAAAUAACAAGUGCAUUUAAACUGAAUCCCGCUGAUGGGCACAGCAGCGUCCUGCUGGACCCUCUCAAGCCUUCAAGGGUAGAGAUGUCAAAAUAAUGUCAAGCUAAAGUCUGUGACAGUGAACCUAAAAAUGUAUAUUUAAGGAGAUACAAUCGUCUAUAUUAUAUUUACAGAUAGUAAAGAAAGACUUGAAUUUUGCUUGUUGUGCACCUUAAUGCAGCUUCUCCUGACAGGUGAGCUGCAGAGUCUCACUCUUCUAGUCUGCAAUGCAAGGACAAUGAUGACUGUGCUAUGUAUAAACUGCUGAGAAUAUGCAAUAUGAAACAGUAAAUAAAGAAUGAAAAAAAAA